UUUGUUAGAAAAUUAAUAUUUGGAAUUGUAUAUAGGGAAACAUACAAAGAAAGUCCUCAAUGUUGUGUUGUCUCUCUAUCCGUUUCUUCAUCCAUUUCUCUAUUACUCUUUCUCAUUUAUAAAACUAGUUCUUGGUGUGAUUUUUUUAUGAGUUGGUCUAAAUGGUUGUUCAUUUCUGCGUUUUGGAUAAGAUGAGAACGGAAGAAAAAAUAUCAGCGUUGUUAGAGAGUGAAGAUGAGGAUGAUCAGUGUUCAUCUUCAACGACAUCGUCCAUUGGGAAGGAUAGCGAUGCGUCCGAAUGCAGGGACAACGACGAUGAUAAUGAGGCUGAGAGUACGUAUAAUUAUGAUGAACCAUUGAACAUGAUGGACUCACUCCAACAGUUUCUGCCCAUCAGGAGGGGCAUCUCAAAGUUCUAUGAUGGCAAGUCUAAGUCCUUCAUGAGUUUAGCGGACGCAGUCUCUUCACCAUCUGCCAAAGACAUUGCAAAACCGGAGAAUGCUUACACAAGGAGACGUAGAAAUUUGAUGGCCUUGAAUCAUGUUUGGGAGAAGAAUAAAAAUUUCCUUUUAAGAAGUAACAAUGGUGGCAUUUCUAAGAGAACCAUAAGCUCGAAUCAAAGUGCUGUGGCUCUUGCAUUUGCAAUGAAUUAUGACAGCAGUACUAGUUGUUCCAGCGAGGAAUCAACUUCAAGCUCAAAUUCGAGUUCUACUACACCUCUUCAAAGAAAUCAAGUGCCUAGUACAAGUUCCAGUCCAAUCUCUCCUAAUCAACAUAAUUUUUCAGAUUGGUAAUCAUUCUCACUGGCUGAUCUCCAAGAAUGAAGCAGCCAACCUGAGACUGAACUAAAUAACUCAACAAUGACUGGAAUUCUUUGGUUGAAUAUCUUUGCUUGCGUUAUAUUUAUCUAUAAGUGAGCUGUAAUUGCAAAAGAAACCAAUGAUAGAUGACCAAAUCUUUUAUUUUAAGGCAAUUAUCAUUGGAUGUGGCAGACCAUGUAAGCACUAACUCAAUAACACGUAUUAUUAAUGUCA